AUGAAAUCCAAUUUGAAAAUUACCCUUUACAUCAUUUUUGUAUUUUGGUAUGUGCACAUCGAAGAUGCUAAAAAGUGUGCGACUGUAAAUGCUGAGAAGACCAACUUGAGAAAUGGCUCGUCAAUAAAAAAGGCCACCAUACACAAUGGGAAAAAUAAUUUAAAUGGAAAAAAUGCUGAUUAUCUGAAUAAUACAGAUGAGGGCAAUUUCAAAAUGGAAGCAAUGGAGGAAGUAUUAUCAGGACAAUCUGAAGAAAAAGAAGUUAAUGAGCAACAGGAACAAUCCGAUUUGAAACCAACAAAUAAAGAAACGGAAGAAGAGGUAGAAGGAGAUACAGAAAACAUUGAAACACAAAGUGAAGAAGGAGCGGCACAGGAUAAACAAGAAACAGUAACAGAAGAACAGGAUUCUCAACCAACUGAAGUCCCUCAACCUAAUCAAAAGGGAGAAAAGGAAAUAACAGAAAGCGAAGAAAAAAUAAAAGAAUCCUUGAAACAAACUACAAAUACAAAAGGAGAAGCAGAAGAGGCAAAGGAAAUAGGAACAAUAAAGGCAAGGGAAGAAGAAGAGAAAACAGAAGAAGGAAAAGGGGCGAAUACACCUACUGUAGCCAGUUUGCACGCAAAUAAUGCUGAAGAGGUAAAAAAUGAGGUGGUGGUAGAAAAAGAAAAGGUAGUCGAAAUAGCACCGCAUGUUGCAAAUGCAUAUGAAGCGAAAAAGAAAGCAGAGAAAGCAAAAGAAGAAGCAGAAAACGCUGUGAAAGAAAUACAAAAGGCUAAGGAAGAAGCAGAUAUCGCAAAAAAGGCGGCAACAAAAUUAAUGGAAGAAUCUAAAAAGAAAGAAACAGAAGAAGAAACGAAAAGGUUGGAAACAGCGAAGAAUAAUAUAGAACAAGCAUUAGAAAAGAUAGAGGAAGAACUGAAAAAUGCAAAACAAAAGACAACUAAAGCAACUGAGUCAGCUAGAGCUGCAACUGAAGCAAUUGAAACAAUUGAAGCUAUGGAAGUUGCAAGGAAAAGUGAAAAUAAAGGAGAGAAUGCAACAAUAAACGAAACAAAUGUAAAGAACAUAGAACAACAUGCUGAAGAAGCAAUGGAAGCAGCGAAAAAAAACACGGAAUCAAAAGAACAGGCACAAAUACUAGCAGGAAUAGCAAAAAUUAUAGUGGCAUUGGAAGAAGCAAAAAUAGCAGCAAAGGAAGCUGCAUUAGCAAAAAAUCUGGCAGAUGAAUUAGCAAGAAUGGCAACAUCAGCUAACGUACCUAAGGAAGCAGCAACAGGAAAGGCAACACAAGCAAAUAAUAAGGUAAAAGAAAUAGAAAAAUUAUUGGAAGAAAUAAAAAACAUAGAAAAAAUAGAAAAAGAAAAAAGACCAUUAGAAAAAGUGAAUGAAGCUAAGGAAAAAGUGCAGAAAGCAACGGAAGCAAAAGACAUAGCGAAAAAAGCAAAAGAAGAAGCAGAAAUAGCCGUAUCAGUUGCACGGGUACAUGUAGCGAAACAGGAAGCAACGAGGUUAGCACGGGUAGCUGAUGAAGAGAAAAACAAAGCAAAAGAGGCAGCAAAAACGGCGGAAAAUGCAAAAAAGGAAGCAGAAAAGGUAUCUGGAAAUUUUAAAAAUGUUGCAAAAAUAGUAGAGGCUGUAAAAUCCGCAGAAGCAGAAGUAGAAACUGCAAAAAAGGAAGAAGAGAAAGCUGAGAUGGAAGCAAUAGAAGCUGCACAGGAAGCAUACACAUUAGAAUAUCUAUUAUUAAUGGUGACGGAAGCAGCUAAUGAAGCAGAAGCAGCACAAGGAGAAAAUAUAAAAAGUACAUUAGAAAAAGCACAAGAAAAGGCAUUACAAGCGGUGGAACAAGCAAACCAUAAGGCACAGGAGACAUUUAAUUUUACGCAGAAAGCAAUAGACGCUUCUAAAAAGGCACAGAAAGCAGCAGAAGUAGCCAAAGCAGAAGCAGCAAAAGCUCAAGCAUAUAAAGUAGUAGAAGAUGUAAAAAAAGAGGAACAAGAAAUAAAAGAGUUAGAAGCAAAAGUAAAGGAAACCAAAGUAUCAGAAGAAGAAAAACAAGCAGCUGAAGAGGCUGGAAAAGUAGCAGAAGCUGAAGUAAAAAAAGUAACAAUUGAAGCAGAAGAAGCAAAUGCUGCAGCAGAUAAGGCGAAAAAAACCAAUACGCUGGAAGAAGCCAAAGAAGAAGCAAUAAAAGCAAUAGACGCUUCUAAAAAGGCACAAAAAGCACACAAAAAAGCAAAAAUGUAUGUACUGAAAACUGAAUUCGAAUACCUGAAACUGAUAAAGCAAGACGUAUUAGAACCAUUGGAAAUACCUGAAGAUGAAAGUCUUAAUGUAAUAGAUAUAAAUGAAGAGGUGGAACACGAAGUCGAAGAUCCGGGAAAUAAAGAAGACAAUCCUGCAGAAAAAGAAGAAGCAGAUGAGGAGGGAGAAGAAGAAGUAGCAGAUGAUGUGGAAGAUGACGUGGAGGAUGACAAUGAUGAUGAUGAGGACGAGGAGGAAGAAGAAGAGAAUGAUGUCGUUGAAGAAGAGGGACAGGUAAAAGUAGAAGAGAAAGAAGAAGUAGACCAAUCGACCGUGCAAGAAGGAGAGCUAGAAAAAGCAAACCAAGGAGAAGAAACGGAAGAAAAUACGCCCCCCAGUGACACUCCUCCUAAAGAACAAAAUUCAAAUGUGCAAUCCCCAGAACAGGUUGUCAAACCAUUAAGUGAUAGCAAAGCCCAAGCGCUCCUCACAGAUAACAAUAAAAAUUUUAUCGACUUAAAAAAAAAAGUUGAUCAAAUAACAAAAAAUAUAAUGAACACACUUGACGGGGACACGACAGUCCUAGACACGCUCAAGGAUUUCGCUGAAGAUUUAAAUCAGUUUAUUCUGACCUGGUAA